CCUGCAAACACAUCUCAGAGUCUGGACAAAAGUGUCAACAGUUAGCAGCGCACCAAAAAACAACACUUUUACUUCUCUCCUCACAUGAAAUAAGCUUUUGCCACUGCAUUCUCCGGCUCAGUGCAGCGGCUGGACUUAUGUGUUUGGACGUGCGUCGGUGGGAUAUCCGGAAUGGGGAAUCCGUAGGAGGAGACGUCGCUGUCUGGUGUGCAGUCCACAGAUAGAGCGCGCACACAAGACGAGAUGGACUUUAAGAAGACCAAAUUUGGAAGAUUUAUGAACUGCAGAGUACCACCCAGUAAAAGAUACCAGCCCACCGAAUACGAACACGCAGCCAACUGUGCGACGCAUGGAUUCUGGAUCCUCCCCAGUCUGGUUGGUGGGUCAGUGCUGUACUUCUUAUCCGUGGACCAAUGGCAUCGUGUCGCUGCCUGGCUCUAUGGAAGCGGCCUCACCGGUCUAUUUGUCACCUCCACACUCUUCCACACUGCUGCUUGGAAAAUCGGCCAUCUCCGGAAAGUUGAGCAGCGUUUCCACAUGUGCGACAGAAUGGCCAUCUAUUUCUUCAUAGCUGCCACCUACUCUCCUUGGCUGAUGCUGCGGGAGCUCGGACCUUGGGCCUGCCACAUGCGCUGGUUAAUCUGGGUCAUGGCUUGUGUAGGGUCCAUGUAUGUGUUCUUCUUCCACGAGAGGUACAAGCUGCUCGAACUGUUGGGCUAUGUGUCCAUGGGGGCCGUGCCGGCAUUGGUCAUCCUGUCUAUGGUGGAGCGUGCAGGUGUGGGCGAGCUGGCAGUUGGCGGACUCUUUUACGUGGUGGGCGUGGUCUUCUUUAAGAGUGAUGGCGUGGUUCCGUUUGCUCACGCGAUCUGGCACUUGUUUGUGGCAGCUGGAGCGAGUGUGCACUACUAUGCCAUAUGGAAGUACCUGUACGUACCGGGGCCACUGCUGCAGACCUCUAGGUGACAGGGAAACGUCACUGUGGGACUGUGGUCAUGGUAUAGCUGCUAUUGAUUAUUAGGGGCCAAACCGUAGGACCAGCCAUUCUUUGCUAUAUGCAAAAAUAACAAUGAAUGUCAAACAGGGCAUUAAAGUCUAUCAAGAUAGGUUGACAGCACCAAGCACUGAAGUCUGCUGAAGCCAAGUCUUUCUCUAACACAUUCCAAGUAUUGUGCCAUUACUUAAAUUGGAGACAUUCCUCAACUUUGCAAUAGUGCCGUUUUACUCAUAAAAGUAACCAACUUUCGGCAAGGUCAGUAUGUUUUUAAUGAUCCCUGAACAGAUGUUGUUGGCCUUGGCAAAAAAACAUUUGUUUUCCAUUGAUCAAAAG